CGCGCUAACACAACAAAAAAUAAAAGCGUGCCGUACUCUGUGUGUGUUAUUUUUUGGUGGUGGAAUGCAGAUGCAAUUUUUCUAAAUAAAAUUAAAGAUUUAUAAAACAUUACUAAAUAAAAAGCCGAGCAUUUAACAACAGCGGCAAGUUUAAACUAAAAUAUAAAAGAAAAUUUUUCACAUAUUAAGUUAAUUUUUUAUAAAUAAAGCGAAAGACAAAAUGGCAAGACGUGAUUAUGCCCAAGAUAGAGAGGCCAUCAAAAGUUUCCUUAGUGAAUUCUGCAAACAAGAUGAUGAAGGUAAAAAACAUUUCAUCUAUGGCCAACAAUUGGUGAAGCUAGCCCAUCGUGAGCAGGUUUUGUUGACUAUUGAUCUAGAUCAUUUGGCGGAAUUCAAUGAGGGCUUAGCCGAUGCUGUUGUUAAUAAUAGUCGGCGUUAUGCCACUAUGUUUAGUGAUGUUAUAGCGGAAAUGUUGCCCAAUUAUAAGGAGCAUGAAGUACAUGCUAAAGAUGCUUUGGAUGUGUACAUAGAACAUCGUUUGUUAAUGGAAACACGCACUAGAAAUCCCAUGGAGCAGCAUGAUCAAAGAAAUCAAUUCCCACCAGAGUUAAUGAAAAGAUUUGAAGUAGGUUUCAAGCCGCAGUCCCAUGUUAAAGCCAGUUCUAUACGUGAAAUUAAGGCAGAACAUAUUGGUAAAUUAGUGACAGUGCGUGGUAUUGUUACGCGUUGUACUGAAGUCAAACCGAUGAUGGUAGUGGCCACUUAUACUUGCGACCGUUGCGGUUCUGAAACCUAUCAACCCGUUAGUUCUUUGUCCUUUACUCCCGUCUCAGAUUGUCCUUCGGAUGAUUGCCGUGUGAAUAAGGCGGGCGGUCGUCUUUAUUUACAAACCCGUGGUUCGAAAUUUGUUAAAUUUCAAGAAGUUAAAAUUCAAGAACACAGCGAUCAAGUUCCUGUAGGUCAUAUUCCGCGUACCAUGACCAUUAUGUGUCGUGGUGAGGUGACACGUCAAGCACAGCCCGGUGAUCAUGUCCUUAUAUCGGGUGUUUAUUUGCCUUUAAUACGCAGUGGUUUCCAACAGAUGGUACAGGGUUUGUUGUCGGAAACCUUUUUACAGGCUCAUCGCAUUAUUUGCAUUAAUAAAAAUGAUGAAAUCUCGGAUAAAGAUUCUGAAUUAACACCCGAAGAAUUAAGUGAAUUGGCUCAAGAUGAUUUCUAUGAACGUUUGGCCACCAGUUUGGCUCCCGAAAUCUAUGGUCAUUUAGAUGUUAAAAAGGCUAUGCUUUUGCUGUUGGUAGGUGGUGUUGACAAGCGUCCAGAUGGCAUGAAGAUUCGUGGUAAUAUAAAUAUUUGUCUUAUGGGUGAUCCUGGUGUGGCCAAAUCUCAAUUGUUGGGUUAUAUUAGCCGUUUGGCUUUACGUUCCCAAUAUACCACCGGUAGAGGUUCUUCGGGUGUUGGUUUGACGGCUGCUGUUAUGAAAGAUCCUCUAACGGGUGAAAUGACUUUAGAGGGUGGCGCUUUAGUAUUGGCUGAUCAAGGUGUUUGCUGUAUUGAUGAAUUUGACAAAAUGGCUGAUGCUGAUCGUACUGCUAUUCACGAAGUUAUGGAACAGCAAACUAUAUCCAUUGCUAAGGCAGGCAUUAUGACUACCUUGAAUGCUAGAGUAUCAAUUUUGGCAGCUGCCAAUCCUGCUUUUGGUCGUUAUAAUCCUAGACGUACUGUGGAACAAAAUAUUCAACUACCAGCUGCUUUGCUAUCACGUUUUGAUCUUUUGUGGUUGAUACAAGAUAAACCAGAUCGUGAAAAUGAUUUACGUUUAGCCAAACAUAUCACCUAUGUACACAGUCAUUCCAAACAGCCACCCACCCGUGUUAAGGCCCUCGAUAUGAAUCUUAUGCGUCGUUAUAUUAAUCUUUGUAAACGUAAAAAUCCUACCAUUCCCGAUGAAUUGACGGAUUACAUAGUAGGCGCCUAUGUCGAGUUGAGACGUGAGGCUCGCAAUCAAAAGGAUAUGACCUUUACAUCGGCCCGUAAUCUUUUGGGUAUUUUACGUUUAUCUACCGCUUUGGCACGUUUACGUUUAUCGGACAAAGUGGAAAAGGAUGAUGUGGCAGAGGCCUUGCGUCUUUUGGAAAUGUCUAAAGAUUCACUCAAUCAAAUACAUGAACAUCAAAAGGGACACAUUCCCAAUACUUCGGAUAAAAUCUUUGCUGUGGUCCGUGAAUUGGCCGGUUCUAGUAAUACCGUUAAAAUUGCCGAUGUUAUGGAUCGUUGUACUACCAAGGGAUUCAAACCCGAUCAAGUUGAUAAAUGUAUUGAAGAUUAUGAAGAACUUAAUGUGUGGCAAGUUAAUAUGGCUCGUACAAAAAUUACUUUUAUGUAAAAUAAUCUUUAAAUAUUGAUUGAUGGGCGUUAUGACAAA